AUGGAACUUUUGAACAUCACGUGUCCCAGACAAGACGACCUAAUUCUGGUAAGUCGGGCGAGGUACGGACGCAUGCUGAUUGGUCGCUGCGUUCAGGGGCAGUUCGGUCACGUGGGCUGUUUCUCUGACGUGAUUGGCUACCUCGACGGCAAAUGUUCCGGAAGAAAGGAGUGUCAUUUUCAGGUUCCUGACCAAUCGCUGUACGACCUUCAGCCAUGCCCAGUAGACUUUACAUCCUAUCUGGAAGUUACAUACUCAUGCAUUACAGAGCCGGCCCAACACCGAAAGUUUGCCGGACACUUCGAAUAA